UGGGAGGUUGCACGUCGAGCCAAGCAAGAAAAGCAAGCGAGAACGGUUGCGAUUGUUAUUGUCGCAUGGGCGCGAGUGUUUGACGUUGAUCUGGACCUGGCAGACCAGCAGCAGCGGUGGACUAUGAGAAAGGAGUGUCACAACAACCAGCACCUUUUCGUUUAGUAAACUUUGGAAAUCAGAGGCGAGAUGAGGACGACCGUAGCCGUGCGGAAUAUCAGCAAAAUGCUGGACCACUUCUCCCAGUACAACCCGUCGCCCUUGUCCAUCAAGCAGUUCAUCGACUUCGGACGGAAUCCAUGCGAGCGCACCUCGUUCACCUUCCUGCGCAAGGAGCUGCCUGUGCGGCUGGCCAACAUCAUGAAGGAAAUCCACCUGCUGCCGGAGAACCUGCUGCGGACGCCAUCGGCCAAUCUUGUCAACCAGUGGUAUGCGCAGAGCUUCAAGGACCUCCUCAAAUUUAAGGAUUUGGAAGUUUCAGACAAGAUUCUGACACAGUUUUGCGAGUCCCUCAUCAUGAUCCGCAAUCGGCACUCAGAUACGGUGCAGACCAUGGCACAGGGAGUGCUCGAGCUCAAGGAGAAUUACCCCGUGGAUCAGCAGACAGAAAACAGCAUUCAAUACUUCUUGGACCGACUCUAUAUGUCACGCAUCAGCAUUCGAAUGCUUAUCAACCAACACACUUUGCUAUUUGGGACUGAUUUGAACGUGACAAGCAACAGCCGACAUGUGGGCAGCAUAGAUCCAAACUGCGACGUGGUCUCUAUUGUGAGGGACGCAUACGAAAAUGCGCGAUUUCUGUGCGACCAGUACUACCUGGCGUCCCCUGAGCUGCAACUCUUUGAGCACAACAGAAAUAUGCCCAAUGCGCCGAUACAGGUCGUGUAUGUGCCAUCUCACCUUUACCACAUGUUGUUUGAGCUGUUCAAGAACUCGAUGCGAGCUGUCAUGGAGUUCCAUGGCGACAAAGAAACCGUUCCUCCUGUCGUAGCCAACAUUUCUCUCGGAAACGAGGACGUCUGCAUCAAGGUGUCGGACAUUGGUGGAGGCAUAGCGCGGAGUCAAAUAGAGCUACUGUUCAACUACAUGUACUCGACCGCCCCUCAGCCCUCUAAGAGCGCAUCACCCACUGUUCCUUUGGCUGGCUAUGGCUACGGGCUGCCCCUGUCUCGUCUUUAUGCCCGUUAUCUUCAGGGAGACCUCGUACUCCAGUCCUGUGAAGGUUUUGGCACAGACGCUGUUGUUUAUCUCAAGGCUCUUUCAAGCGAGGCUAACGAACUGCUGCCCGUGUUCAACAAGACGUCAAGCCGCUUCUACAAAACGACUAUUCCGGCAGGCGACUGGAGCAACAAUGUACGCCACAUGACCACUGGCACUCAUCACAGGUUACGCCAGCCGCAGCUGAGUUGACCACGCAAUGCAAAUAAUCUUUGGUGUAUCCUUUUUUCAACCCCAUAGCCUUCCAAAAUUGGUGUUAAUUGUCUACAAUAUUGGACGUGUUGGGGGGUUUUCGCCAAUUUUAUCGCUGCUCGCUUUUUAUUCUGUACAUUUCACUCUCUGUUUAAGUUGUGAUCUAGCCAGUUAACUUUUCCUCAGACUAGAAAUCCAAAAAAGUCCGAGUUUCUUUAUGGACACAGUAUAUUUCUGACUGCAAUGAUUUUGGUUUUAUUUUCUUUUUAUCAAGUCAGACCUCAAAGAAAAAAGCUGAAAUUUUUGCAUGAGUGAAAAAAGGACACAAUUACGAGAGGAAACUUAAUUGCAUACCAGGCUGUGAUGUAAAAAUUAACUAAUUCUUUGGGAUUUCUUCAAUAUGACAAACUCUUAGCUCAAAUCAUUGUAACCAUCAGUGGAACAAACAACUAUGGCACCGAGAAAGAGGUGAUUUUGUAUUAAAUUUUAAACUAUUUAGUUUAUUAUUGUUGUUGGUAAUUUUCUAGUUUAUGUGAGUUUUGUUCUUUGCACUGCCAUAAUAGGGAUUGUUAGAGGUCAUGAUUUUAAUAUUGAUUUUAAAUAAUUUUUAACGACGUAUUAUAUUAUGAGCUGAGAUAUAUUAUUCUCUGUGGGAGAUCAAACCUGUUAAAAUAAAAUAUCGUGUGUUUCUGAAACAAAGAAGACUAGAGAUUGCAAGAAGUUGUAUAUUUCUGUUAGCAAUCGAUGGCAUCUGGUUGGAAUUUUGGUUUCAUGGAUAACGCUGCUAAAUUCAAAUUAUCACCAUUCAACCUCUGAAUAACUUUUGUGUGUAGACUGCUCACUUUUACAAGUAAGGGUAAUGAGAGUAAAUUUCCUUUAUAUUGCAUGUCAUGUCAAAACUCAAACCAAUAAAAUUUCUCAUCGAGAAUAAAA